AUGUCCUUUCAACAUACAGUUCGACCUCCUUUCAGUGCUGCUGCUCGUGGACCACCCGGUCAGAAUAUGCAACAAAUGGGAGGCCGUCGUGUCGUUGCAUCCGAUCCCCGAUUGCACCAAAUAGUUGGGAAGAACCAAUUUAACAAGAAAAGACGUCGUAUGGCUGAUCGCCUUUUAACCAAGACUGUGCGUCAAAUCAUCCCUGAGUCAGAAUCCUACAUGGAACUGCUGGAGGUAGAAAAGAAGCUGGAUCUAGUUUUAAUGCGGAAACGACUAACCCUUCAGGAAUCGCUGAAGCAGCCGCUCAAGACCAAACGCAUCCUUCGAGUCAUGCUGAGUAGCACGUUCAAACCUGGCAACAUUGAUUCCAUUGGUCCCGACGGACAGCCCGUCAAUGACGGUUGCCCUCCUGGUUGGGAACUGAAGGUCGAGGGACAGCUUCUGGAAAAGCCACCUGGCCAACCGAACGGUCCUCCUACUGUUGACACCAGAUUUCGUCGCAAGUUCUCCACAUUCUUCAAGUCUCUAGUCAUUGAACUUGAUCAUGAACUCUAUGGACCGGAUAACCACUUAGUCGAAUGGCAUCGCACCUCUUCAACUACGGAAACUGAUGGAUUUCAAGUGAAACGCUCUGGGGACAGCAAUGUGCGUUGCACAAUUCUCUUGAUGUUGGACUACCAGCCACCGCAGUACAAGCUGGAUCCCCGCCUCGCUCGCAUUCUCGGACUUCACACGGGCACUCGAUCGCAGAUCUUCUAUGCUCUCUGGAACUACAUCAAGGUUCACAGACUGCAAGAUUCCCACGAAAAGGAUUUCAUCAACUGCGAUGCCUACCUGGAGCAGGUCUUUGGAUGUCCUAGGAUGCGUUUUGCAGAGAUUCCCAGCCGUCUGAUUCAACUACAGCAGGCUCCAGACCCGAUUGUCAUCAAUCAUGUCAUCGUGAACGAUCCUGAGGAUCCCAAUAAGACUCUGUGCUACGACAUAGAAGUCGAAGUUGAUGAUGUGUAUAAGUCAAUGGUGCAAAACUAUCUUCAAAAUACUCAAUCAAACCAGGAGCUGAUGGCUAUUGACAACAAGAUCCACGAGUUGGUGGAGCAGAUAAACCAGAUGAAGGUGCAUCGCGAGUUCUACUUGGAGUUCAGUCAGGACCCGCACACGUUCAUAACGCGGUGGCUGGCGAGCCAGUCGCAUGACCUGCAGCAGAUGACGGACGCAACACCUGGGCAUCCGGAGCAGGAACGCCACGCGGACUUUUACGACGCCUCGUGGGUGUACGAAGCCGUGAAGCGCUACCUCUACAACAGGAAAUUCAAAAAGCUGCCCAAAAGCAAAGCUAUCUACCUGCAUUGUGAAAAGUGGAAGAAGAGCUAA